AUGGAUUCGAAAUUUCAACCACCAUGUAAAUACUUUCUACGCGAUGAAGUCGUAAUCCACAACGAUGAGUCCAGUGCGUGGGUUAUCGUCCAUGGAAUAGUUAUUGACAUUACUCCGUUGUUUGGUGCGAGCGAAAGAAAAUGCACACUAAAGAAGACACUGCAGUGGUUGUUGGCAUUUGCGGGCAAAGAUUUAAGCUCGUUCUUCCAUAACAACGAGCUUACUCCUAUCGAUCGAACCAACCGCAACGGAGAACGGGUUCCGGCCUUUGUGCCCUGUUUGGAGCGUAAUCCUGCCACUCGGCUCUACUGGUACCGUGAUCCGAGUCUGGUCAUUGGACGCAUAACAUUCCACCCAUGCCCGGUGAAAAUUAUCAACACAUUGACAUUCCACGCGACGGAAAUGAUCGUUUGUUACGAAGAUACGAUCGGUGACGUCCGGGAAAAGUACUUGCGCUACAACGACAACGCAAUGCAGUAUGAAUGGCGAAAAGACCUGUCGGAGGGUUCGGAGGUUGGCAAGCUGCAAAUGGAUAAGACACUGACAGAAACCGGAUAUCAGGUCAAUCUGCGCAGUCCGGUACCGGUAAUUUGGAUUUUUUACAUGCUACCUCCGGGGACAACGGACACAGCGGAUGAUACGUGCUAUUCUUCCGGAAAAUGUACCCCACUGAACGAGCAACCAGCAUCAGACGGGGGUGAGUCAGUACGAAUUGUUACCACAAAGUGA